AUGCUGGCCUGGCAGGAUGGCGGGGCCAAGGCGGCUCCCUCUUCCCACAAGAUCUCCUUCUCGGUCCUGGACAUCCUGGAUCCGCAGAAAUUCACCCGCUCUGCCCUCCCGGCGGUGCGCCCCCCGCCGCGGGAAGCCAAGAAAAGUUUGGCGGAGGACGAAGCGGGAAAGGACGCCAGCCCCGAGGACCCGGCCCGGCACCGGGAGACCCCUGAUGCCGCGGGUCGAGGCCCGGGCGCGGCGUCCCCGCUGGAGGGCUCGGAGGCGGAGGAAGCGGAGGACCCGGAGGACGCGGGGCGGCGCCAGCGGCGGGAGCGCGCGGCGCGCUCCCCCGAGUGCAGCACGGUUCGGGAGAAGCGAGUGCGCCUCGAACCCUUCAUCACAGGGCAGUUUGGGCAGGGCGGGGCGGGGGGCGGGGCCCAAGGUGAGGGGCGCCUCGCCCUCCGCCGCCAGCCAAUAGGAGGCGAGGGCUUCCCGGGGGCGGGGCGGAAGCUGCUUCUUAAGGCCUGGUGA